CCUUGGCAAGGCUAGGGUUGGUUUGGGGUGGGGAGAAUUAGGAGCACCUUCUGUCUUUUUGCCAAGAUUGGUCUCUCAUCCAGAAGAGGGUUCCUUUGGACUGCACCCUGAGUAGAGUGCUCUCCAGUGGGGGUCAAAUGGAUGGGAAGAUGUUUCACAAGAUCAGAUAUAAGACACCAGAGUUGAAUGACCUGCAGCGACUCCUCUUGACUCAAAGUGGGUCUCGGAAUCAUAUGGACGAAGUCUGGCCUAACAUCUACGUGGGAGAUUUAUGGGCUGCCAGGAAUCUCAAAAUACUACAGAGCCUAAGAAUCACUCACAUCCUCAAUGCUGCCCAUGGUGGAUUAGGCGUAUCCACAGGACCAGGUUAUUAUCGUCACAUACCUAUGACCUACCUUGGGAUAGAGGCUUUUGAUGACUGUGCCUUUGACCUCAGUGUCUUUUUCCAUGAGGCAGCAAACUUCAUCCAGGGAGCACUAGAGACCCCAGAAGGGAAGGUGCUUGUCCACUGUGCCAUGGGGCUUAGUCGCUCUGCUACCCUGGUACUUGCCUUCCUGAUGCUCCGGAAGCAUCUGACCUUGGUGGAAGCCUUGAAGACAGUAAGUGUCCAUCGAAACAUCUGCCCCAAUCUGGGGUUCCUCUCUCAGCUGCGUAACUUGGACCUCCAACUUAGCCAGGAACAACAUAAUAGGGACAGGGAGAGUCUGAUGGCACCUACCACUCUGCACUGAAAAUAAAAUGGUCAUUUAAAAAAAUAGCUGCAGCUUUAUUGACAUUUCACUAAGUUCAAAGGUUCUGCCAAUGGUGUUAUCCUCUGUUAAGAAAGGAUCAGAAGGUUGAGGAUCUAGAAGCCAUGAGUUUGUCCUCUCAAGUCAGUAUCUGUCAUAUCAAGACUGUGCCUGUGAAGACUGAAAUUUUCAGAGAUCAAGAUGGCAGAGAGACACCAUGAAGUGGAGACAGGAUAGAAGAACUUGGUCAAGGUUUCCUGGGGCUUUUCCAAAGGUCCUAAUAUGGACUGGAGAUGCGAAGAGCUCUGAGCAAAUUCAGGUCACAAAUUGAUUUCUGUUCAGGGUCUAGGAAAUAUGCAGUGGUCAUUCCUCUGUAUACCCUUCCCAACAGUCGCUUUUCUGAACUCUCUAGGCUCCAAAUAGUGCCUAUCCUCUACCUGGAACUAAUUAUGGGCUUUUAAAAUAGAUUCUUACAGAAAAGACAUCUAAUUUCUUCAAACUAUAGGCCAAGGAACUGGACUUCAUUUCCAGGCAAAAUCCCCACAGGUUCCUUGUUACUCUGUCCAUUGGUCUGGCAUCCUGGGGGGUAAACUCUGUCAACUCUGUGAAGAGGGAUGGACAUGGAAUACGUAUUUAUAGAGUCCCUCCUAUGGACUAGGCACUGUGCUAAGUGCUUAAAAAAUAUCUCAUUUGAAGAGCAUUUGAACUUCUCUUUCUAUUCCUUUCAUCGAUUUGUUCCUUCCCCACCUUUCUUUCUGGAAUAGCCAAGGCUAGUGGGGAUGGGGGAAAAGAGAGGACUUGUAAGAGUCCAGGAAUGGGCUAGAUAUCUGAGUGGUCAAGAACAGGUGGCCAUGGGCAACUAGAUGGCUUAGUAGAUAUAGACUAGAGACAAAAGGUCCUAGGUUUAAAUCUGGCUUCUGAUAGCUCCAAGCUGAGCAAGUCGCUUAACCCCAUUUGCCUAGCCUUUAUCUUCUUUUGCCUUGCAACUAAUACUUUUUAUUGAUUCUAUUAAAAAAUAAACAAACAGGUGGCCUAUUGGCAAGCCCA